UCCAAUUGACUCAAUCUCUUCUGAUUGAGUGGACUCCAAAUUCAAAUCGCCUGUAAUACAAUCUCGGAGACGAUUCAAUCUAUCGCGAUAAGACACGGCCGAGUCAUUCAUUCGCCUCCGUUACGCAUAUCCUCCAACCGCAAUCUCCUCUUCCUCCAGACCCUUCGAUUCCAAAUUCAAACCUUUGUUGUUUCGGGUCUUCGAUCGCGAGAGAAAAAGAGAGACAAAAGAAAUGAAAUUGUCUCACAAAUAAUUUCUUUUUUCCCCUUUUCUUUUAUUUUGUUUUGCCAACAGAAUGUUGACACGUUUCGUCUCUUAGAUCAAAAUUGGAUAUACUAUAUAAGAGACACCCUUACAAUUUUUUUUCUUCUUCUGAUUAAUUUUUUUCCAACAAAACACUAAGAUGUCUUCUAUGAACCCCCGUUGUUGAAGGUCUAAUAAGUUAGCAACAGAUAAGAAAAUAAGAUAAUUUAAAAGAAUCAUAUAAAACUAAAAACUAAAAAGAAAGACUAGAGAGCUAAACAUGUUACCACAAGGUCUCCAAGAAGCCUUCAAUGGCUGUCCACCCAGAAUAACUCAAACCUUCACACACACACACACAAAUAAAAGUAAAAACAAAAGCCAAAAGCAAAUAACGUUAAACAGAAAAAGAAAGGAUCUCAUAGACCAUCAGUUCUUGUCUGUUCCAGCAAAUCAGUUUUGAGGAUGGUGAACGCAUUCCCAAAGCUUAUCAAGGACAUCUGGGACGUAUGGAGUAUUAGAAGUACCUUAAUAUUCAGUCUCAGCCUUCAAACGUUUCUCGUUUUCUUUGCACCCCACAGAAAACGCUCGUCCAAAACGGUUUUACUCUCUCUCAUCUGGUCAGCUUACCUUCUUGCUGAUUGGUCAGCCAAUUUCGCCGUGGGACAAAUCUCAGAUAGUCAAGGAGAUGAUCCUGAACCCGGGGAACCCAAAAAGAACGGCGAAUUGCUAGCGUUCUGGGUUCCUUUCUUGCUCUUGCAUCUAGGUGGUCCGGAUACAAUCACUGCCCUUGCCCUUGAAGAUAAUGAGUUAUGGCUCAGGCAUUUGUUGGGUCUCUUCUUUCAAGCAGUUGCAACCGUUUACGUGCUUUUGCAGUCCCUACCUAAUGCUCUUUGGAAACCCAUUUUGCUGGUGUUUUCGGCCGGAGUGAUCAAGUAUGUCGAGAGGACAUUAGCUUUGUACCUGGCGAGUCUUGACAAGUUCAAGAAUUCCAUGAUUCAGCGGCCUGAUCCUGGGCCAAACUACGCGAAGCUCAUGGAGGAAUACGCGGCCAAGAAAGAUAUGAAGAUGCCUACACAAAUUAUCAAGAUUGAAGAGCCUGAGAAAGAUCCAAAAGCUGAUGCUGAGGUUAGGCCUAAGACCCUCACUCCACUCAAUAUUCUCCAGUAUGCUUAUAAGUACUUCAAUUUCUUCAAAGGUCUUGUGGUUGAUCUCAUCUUUACAUAUCAAGAACUAGCUGAGAGCAAGAGAUUCUUUAGCUCGCUGGAAGCAGAUGAAGCUCUUAGAAUCUUAGAGGUUGAGCUCAACUUUAUGUAUGAAGCUCUGUACACGAAAGCCGAGAUCUUGCAUAAUUGGAUAGGAUUCAUUUUCAGGUUCAUUGCCCUGGGAUGCCUUAUAGCAGCUCUCUGCAUCUUCCAAAACAAGAACAAGGACGAGUAUGGUGGAUUUGAUGUUGGCCUUACUUACGCAUUGCUGCUAGGAGGAAUAGCUCUGGAUUCCAUUGCUCUUAUUAUGUUCUGUGCAUCUGACUGGAUGUUUGUCAGACUGAGGAAGAUGAAGGACGAGGUGGACGAUAAAGACACCAGGUUCGACGACAUUCUGAAUUGGAUUCUUGACUGGAUUCUCGGGGUCAGGGAGUUGAAGACGGAGAAGUACUAUCAAUGCUUCAAGAGUACUAAGAAAACAACGUCUCAUGAUGUGCCCAACAAGAGUACCGAUGACGAACCGUUUCAUGAAGUGCUCAACACGAGUUUCAUAUAUCGCAGGUGGUCCGAGUAUGUACAUGCUUACAACCUGAUCGAAUAUUGCUUAAGUUUGAAGCCGACGCGAAUCCACCAUACCAAGGGUUUAAUACACAACGUCUUUGACAGAAUCAUUAUUGGACCUGCCAUCAAAUUUAUAAGAAGUGGCAUUGCAACCAUAGAAGAGACAUGUUAUCAAAUUCUCAAGUGGACUGACAGAAACAUAAGUCUUUGGUACAGGGAUCACAAAUGGGUAAAUGAGGGUUACAUUGGGAUGUGCUUCUACUGCAUAUUUUACAUUCCUCGUGUACUUGGAGGUUCGAUAAAGAAAUUUAUGGACUUCUUUGACGUCCAAGCUCGCAUUCAAAGUCAGCUAGAUGAGGUAAUCUACACAUCCAGUGAUCGUCUCACCCUGGAUCUGUGGAAACACAUAUUCAGAGAGGUUAAAAGCAAAUCCCGUCUCGCUGAUGACGCUGAAAGCGCCGUGAGGGUAUCUUCAGCUAGAGGUGACUGGACUCUGCGCGACAUAAAGGGUGAAGACAAAGAAACGAAAAGAAAGCGUGAGAAACUUCUACGCUAUGUGACAGAAAUGGAUUAUGGUCAGAGCCUCCUUGUGUGGCAUAUUGCCACCGAGCUCUUAUACCAAACAGACGAAACAAGAGAAGGCACUAAUGUGAAUCAUAGCAACCGUGAGUUCAGUAAAAUCCUUUCAGACUACAUGAUUUACCUCCUAAUGAUGCAACCCACUUUGAUGUCAGCUGUUGUGGGUAAUGGAAAGAUAAGAUUCAGAGACACUUGCGAAGAGGCUAAGAGGUUCUUUUAUAGGAGGCAUAUCUUGGAUAGAUUCAGAAAUAUGGUCACCGAUGCAAAGGGAGCAAGCUUGGCAAUUUUAUCAGUGGCGGCUCCAGCAAAAGCUGAGACCAUGGACGUGAAAGGUGAUAGAAGCAAGUCCGUCCUGUUUGAUGGGGCCAAGCUGGCCAAAGAGCUUAAUGGUUUAAGCAAGAACGAGGGGGACCAGGCAAAUAUGUGGAAAGUAGUGAGCCAAGUGUGGGUUGAGUUGCUUUGUUAUGCAGCAACAAAGUGUGGCGCAAUAGAACACGCAGCUCAGCUAAGCAAAGGAGGAGAACUCAUCAGCUUUGUUUGGCUACUGAUGGCUCAUUUGGGACUAGGAGAUCAAUUCCAGAUCAGCCAAGGAGAUGCCAGAGCCAAGUUGAUUAUAGGCAAGUGAUCAACAACGAAUAAGCAACAAAAGUAACAGCAACAUUAGUACUAUCCCCCAUUUGCUUUUAUUGUCUGAAAACUGUUUACUGCUUUCAUGUCAUUGGCAUCAAUUCUCUGUUCUGCAUUGCAACUCCUGUCUUUCUUCUGUCACUGACAGAUUCAUUUACGGGAGCUUGAUUGAUUCUUGUGUUACUCUACAACACCAAAAGACAACUCCCCAAAAUCAAAAUCGGUAAACUAAUUAUAAGUUGUUUGAAUCCACCAUUAGUGAAGCAAUCGUGGACAUCAUCUAAUCAGAGAAAAAUUUCAGAAUCUUAAAAUUGUUGCAACCCUAUUGAAGAGAACCAGAAACACACGAAAUGAUCAUGAAUCGUUUCCGCAAACCUUGCGAAACCUAUCAUCCUACAUCUCUCUAUCGUAAUCUCUUCAAUUCAACUGAAGCUUUUGUGAAUGCCGCAGCAACGAAUUUUUCAAUUUUAGACCUAGA